CUGGAUAUGGGUGGAGUCAAGUAUCUGUGUCACGCACUGACAACUGGGAAACCUCCUGCCACAAACUAAUAGGUGCCCUCUUCCUCCAGAUCCACAGUCACACUACCGGGGGCUAACCUGUUCGGGCUGCACACUCUCUCCCUGAACCCAGCAGUUCCGAACGAUUUCUUCUAUUUUAUCUGAACACAACUUCCAGGAAAUCACUUUUAUAUACCCACAAAUGAUGCACUCGGCACAGAAAGACACCACCUUCACCAAGAUCUUUGUAGGAGGUCUUCCUUAUCACACAACUGAUUCCAGCCUUAGGAAAUAUUUCGAAGUGUUCGGAGACAUCGAAGAGGCCGUGGUCAUCACUGAUCGACAGACGGGGAAAUCCAGAGGUUAUGGGUUUGUGACCAUGGCAGACCGGGCCUCAGCUGACCGAGCUUGUAAGGACCCCAACCCCAUUAUUGAUGGAAGGAAAGCCAAUGUGAACCUGGCCUACCUGGGGGCCAAGCCCAGGGUCAUACAGCCUGGAUUUGCGUUCGGUGUGCCGCAGAUCCAUCCAGCAUUCAUCCAAAGACCUUAUGGGAUCCCAGCCCACUACGUCUAUCCUCAGGCCUUUGUCCAACCCAGCGUGGUGAUCCCUCAUGUACAACCUUCUGCUACUACUGCAACAGCUGCUGCUGCCACAUCCCCAUACUUUGACUAUACUGGAGCAGCAUAUGCUCAGUACUCUGCAGCUGCAGCCACUGCUGCUGCCGCCGCCGCUGCCUAUGAGCAGUAUCCAUAUGCAGCCUCACCGGCACCAACGGGCUACAUGACUACAGCAGGGUAUGGAUACGCUGUCCAACAGCCACUAGCAACUGCUGCCACCCCAGGAGCUGCUGCUGCCGCUGCAGCCUUCAGUCAGUACCAACCACAGCAGCUCCAGGCAGAUCGCAUGCAGUGAAUCCAUGAAAACUACCUUAAAGGAGGGGAGCAGGGAGGUCAACUCCUUCACUGAAGAGGGUGAAGUUAGGAGGGAGAAGACAGUAGAAGCUGAAUGAUGGUUGUCACUCCUAGAUCUAUUCUUAGUGGUCCUCCUACCAAAGAGCCUGAAAAAAUUAACAGAAAUAAGAUCAGUAUUUUUUCACUCUAGAAUAUAUCUAUGAAUAUUUAAUAUAUUCAGCAGUAUAAUAGUUAAUAUUAUUUAUGUUCACUGGACCUCAGAGCAACCAUUGCUGAAUUUUAUAUAUGUAUAUAUAUAUAUUUCAGUGGAAUUUGUAUAGAAUUGCCAGUUACAUUUAUAAAGAUCAGGUUUCUUCCCCGCUACUUUGAAAACAAACCAAAACACCUGCAUAUAUAUGAGAGCAACAUGAUACAGCAUCAUGCAGCUUUUAUUAUUUCAUAGUUUGGACCAUUAUUUUUCUUUAGUAAAGCUAUGCAGACACUGAUAGAGAAUUUAGUGUUUUGUUGAGUUUGUUCUUUUUUUAAUAAGUGUUUGGAGUGACAUAGAUUAGACACCUUAAACUUGUUCCCUUUAAAAUGUUUUUUUUUUUGAUAGUGCACAGGACAAAAUGCUGAAGUAACAGCUGAUGCCGUUAAAAGAGUUCACUUUUCUUCCUUUUAAAUUGCACCUCAAGUAAACCCAGCAAAAGGGAAGAAAAUAUUGAAUGUGAAUCUUAGGUUUUGAAAAAAAUGUUUCAUAAUGUGCCUUUUAAAUGAUCCUAUUUAUGUAUUUAUUAUGGAGCCUUACAUUGUUAUACACUUUGUUUGUGUUUAUGUGUGAAUAUGAAGCCUGAUAUAGAACAUGUCCAUAUGUGCUGCUGCAUUUCUCAUGAUCAAGAGCAUAUGAUAUCUGUUUAACCUUGGCUUAACAAAGCACUACACUGUGUAUAAAGAACAAAUUAUGAGUGGAAGGGUAGCAGUAGGUCCAGUGCCUUUUCUGUUUUCUGUAGUUUUGUUGUUGUUGUCUAAAAUAGGUUCUUUAAUGUCGCUUUUUAUACUUGAGCGGUUUGAUAAAGGACAGUGUGAAUGUUGCUUGUUUAAAUUUUUUUUUACAUUUAAUGUCUUUUGACAUUAAAUGUUUUUUCAUAAUGCAAGGGCAUUGCCAAUAUCACCUUGCAUUUUGUAAUGCAUGACUCAAAAUAAUGCAAACAUUUAAUUUGUGAAAUAAAAGGAAAUUUAGCUUCAACUUUUUAAAAUCAUCUGUCCUGUGUAAUGUCAGUUUUGCUCAGUCUUUAAGUUAUAUGAUGAAGUCAUGUCACAUGAUGGUCAGUUGCAAAUAAAGUACUGUAACACGUGGCAGAUAAUACAUUUCACUUCCAUCAAGGAAUACUCCAGUUUUUGUAAACCC